AUGGAUUUCCAGAGCUGGUUUGCCUUCCCAAUGGGGGUAUUGCUGUGCUGUGCUCUUCAGACAUCUGCUGUUCAACAUCUUGCAUCUCACAACCGCACGAGCAAUAGUCAAAGAAUAUCCUUCAGCCACUCCUAUAAGAUUGACCUGCCCACGUCCUCCCAGAUGAAGGUGGAAGUAGAUCCAUUACAGAAUGAAGACAACAGUGGGGUGCAGCUAGAUCCUGGAGAGGCUGAGGAAAAUGAAGAGCAGAACAUAGUCUUUAGGCACAACAUCCAUGUGCACGCACCCAAAGAUGACUGUGAAAGUUUGAGCCACAUUAAGGAUCUGUUUGAAAGGAUGGAGAAGCUUGAGAAAGAAGUGGCAGAGCUGAGAGAAGUUUGCAGCCCUCAGAAGUGCUGUGGGGGAAACGAGAGAAUGUCACACUGCAGCGGCCAUGGAACUUUCCUCUCUGAGACUUGCAGCUGCAAAUGUGCCGAGGGCUGGGAGGGCAAGGACUGCUCCCUCCCCAGCUGCCCCAGCCACUGCAGUGGCCGAGGGCGUUGCGACGGUGGGAAGUGUAUCUGUGAUGAUCUUUACUUUGGUGAGGACUGCAGCCAGCAGCUCUGUCCUGAGAACUGCAGUGGCAACGGGAUCUGUGACACCGCCAAGGGGGUCUGCCAGUGCUACGAGGAGUUCAUUGGAGAGGACUGCAGCGAGAAACGAUGUCCUGGGGACUGCAGUGGCAAUGGGUUCUGUGACACAGGAGAAUGCUACUGUCAUGAUGGCUUCUUCAGCCUUGACUGCUCCCAGGUGCUUGCUCCUCAGAACCUGCAGCUGCUAAACUCCACGGAGACCUCUCUGGCUGUCAGCUGGGAUUCGGUGGUUGAUGUGGAUAGUUACCUCGUUAGCUUUUAUCCAUUGGGAUCUGAGAUGUUGAUGAAACAAGUCCAUGUGACCAAAGAGCAGCUUGGGUAUGAGAUUGUGGGUCUCCGCCCUGGCACCAUGUACAAUGUCACGCUUCGUCAUGUGAAGAAGGGGAUUGCCAGUGAGCCCAAGUAUCUACAAGCAAGUACAGACCUGUCUGCACUCAAUGCCAUCUGGGUGACGGACGAGACGGAGCAGUCCCUGGAAGUGGAGUGGGAGAACCCACCAACAGAGGUGGAUUAUUACAAGCUGAAGUUCAGAUCCCUGGCAGAGGUGGAUGAGAAACAGGUUAUUGUACCCAAAAGCAAUGACCCUAAGAGCAGACACAUCGUGACUGGCCUGAAACCUGGCACAGAGUAUGAGGUCACUGUUGUACCUGUGAAAGACGAUACAGAAGGGAAGCCCUCCUCAGUGAGCGGUAGGACUGGAAUUGAUAGCCCAACCAAUGUGGCAACAGACCGAGUGACAGAAGAUACAGCUACUGUCUCAUGGAGCAAAGUUGAGGCUCCCAUAGACAGGUACAUGGUGAGAUACACCUCAGCUGGUGCGGAAACCAAGGAAAUAGGGGUGGGGAGUGAAAAUGACAUCAUUACCUUACGGGAUCUGAAGCCAGGCAUGGAAUAUGUCAUCCACAUCUGGGCCGAGAAGGGGCCUCAGAGAAGCAAGAAGGCAAGCACCAGAGCUGUGACAGAGAUGGACAGCCCAAAGAAUCUGGUAACUGGCCAGGUGACAGAGGACUCGGCCACCAUCUCCUGGGAUAGAGUCCGAGCUCCUAUAAACAGGUAUGUGGUGAGCUACGCUUCUGCUGAUGGAGACACCAAGGAAAUAGAAGUGGGGAAGGACAGAAGCAUUGCCACCCUGACAGGACUGGAACCAGGCAUGAAGUUCACCAUCCAGCUCCGGGCAGAGCUGGGAAGCAAGCAGAGCAAGAGGGCAAGCACUGCCAUUGUGACAGAGAUUGAUCCUCCCAAGAACCUCCGGGUAUCAGAUGUGACUCGUUCUACUGGGGUGGUUACCUGGACUCCUCCUGCAGCACAGAUUGAUGGCUACACUCUGACCUACCGGGGUCGAGAUGGCACAAGCAAGGAAGUACAGCUGAGUCCUAGCGAGCAACAGUUUGUGCUGGAAGGGCUGGAACAAGGAGCGAGGUAUACCAUCUCUGUGAUGGCCUAUAAGGGAGAUCACCAGAGCAGAAAGACAGACGGUGCCUUCUCAACAGUUAGCAUCCUCUACCCGUAUCCUGUGGACUGCAGCCAGGUGCAGCAGAAUGGAAAGGCCUCCAGCGGCACGUACACCAUUUACCUGAACGGGGAUAGCAGCAGGCCGAUGCAGGUGUACUGUGACAUGACCACUGAUGGAGGCGGGUGGAUAGUGUUUCAGAGGCGGAGCAAUGGUGAGGUGGAUUUCUACAAACGCUGGAAAAAUUAUGUGGAAGGCUUUGGAGAUCUCACUGGGGAAUUUUGGCUUGGUCUUGACAAGCUGCACAAUCUCACAAGCAGCAGCCCUGUCCUCUAUGAGCUCCGUGUGGAUUUGCGGGCAUCCAACGAAUCCGUCUAUGCUGUCUAUGACUUCUUCCAGGUUGGCUCAAGCAGAGACAGAUACAGGCUCUCAGUGGGGAAUUACAGAGGCAAUGCUGGGGAUGCAAUGACCUACCAUAACGGCUGGAAGUUCACAACGUGGGACAGAGACAACGAUGUGGCUCUCAGCAACUGCGCUCUGACACACCGUGGUGCCUGGUGGUACAAGAACUGCCACUUGGCCAACCUCAAUGGGAAAUAUGGGGAGAGCAAGCACAGCGAGGGUGUGAACUGGGAGCCGUGGAAAGGCCAUGAAUUCUCCAUCCCUUUUACUGAGAUGAAGUUCCGUCCUUGGUCUUCCAGUAAUGAGCCAGUCCUGGGGAGGAAGAAGAGGUCUCUAUCAGGGAAGAGAAAGGAAAUCAGGACUUAAAUUGGACUCUGUGCAGCACAGUACUCAAA